UCUGAAAUGGCAACUUUACUUCCACCUCCGAAACGACAAAAAGUCUACCACGGAGUGCCAGAGCCAGAACCAGAGACACCAAAACCCACUCGCAAUAUCUUAGUUCAGUUUGUAUCAGAAGAUGACGGCUCUGUUUUAGCCCCCGCGGUCAAUCUUCCUGCCGAUGUGUCUAGAGAAGGACUCGAAGUUCUAGUGAACCGAUUGACGAAAUCCGAUGAACCUGUACCAUUUUCCUUCCAUGUUGAUUGCCCAGAAAACGUGAAUGCAGCACUAGGUCCUACUCGAAUAGUCAUCUCAAAAUCAAUCCAAUCGGAUAUCCUAAAUCAUCCUACACAUGCCGACUCAUUUACUGAAGAAGAUGUUUUUGUCGUGCGAUGUUCUCCGCAAAGCGUGUUUCGUGUCCGGCCAGCAACGAGAUGCUCAGCCAGUCUUAGCGGACAUUCUUCACCCAUUCUUUGUGCAUCCUUUUCUCCGACAGGUGCUUUAUUAGCAACGGGCUCAGGGGACGCAACUGCGCGACUAUGGGACUUAAAUACAGAGACUCCGUCUCACACAUUAGUCGGCCAUAAGGGCUGGGUGCUUUGUGUGGAAUGGGAAGCUAUGGAGAGAUUACUUGCAACUGGAGGGCAUGACGGACACGUGCGCCUUUGGGACCCCAAAGCUGGCAAACCUGUUGGAGAUGCCAUGAAAGGCCAUACAAAAUGGGUCACCUCUUUGUGUUGGGAGCCAAUACACUUAAACUCAAAAUCUCCACGAAUUGCGUCGUCUUCAAAGGACGGUACCGUUCGCGUAUGGUCUACUCUUACUCGUAAAGUAGAAUACACUCUUGGCGGCCAUAUUGCCAGUGUGAACGUUGUGAAAUGGGGCGGAGGAGGGACGAGUGGUUUCGGUCUUAAGAGAGGCGUCUUGUAUACUGCUUCCAGUGAUCGUACUGUAAGAGUAUGGGAUGCCGAUGGUGGUCGACAAUUACAUGUCCUUAAAGAUCAUGCCCACUGGGUGACAACGUUAACUCUUAACACGGACUUCGUCUUGCGAACGGGUCCUUUUGAUCAUACAGGGAAACGUCCUGCAAGCGACGAAGAAGCUCAACAACUCGCACUAAAACGAUAUACCGACCUGUUAGCAACCACCCCCGAAUUGCUCGUGACAGGCUCGGACGAUCACACCCUCUUUCUUUGGUCGCUGUUUCCUUCUUCAGUGCCAAGCUCGGAUAUUGCAGUGUCCCAAGGAAAACUCAAACCUAUCACUCGACUGACAGGUCACCAACGACAAAUCUCCCAUGUUGCCUUCUCGCCAGACGGAAGAUGGGCCGCAUCUUCUUCCUGGGACAGUUCAAUACGGUUAUGGGAGGGUCGUACAGGCAAAUAUGUUGCGACGCUGAGAGGGCACGUCGGUGCUGUGUAUCGACUUGCUUGGAGCGCAGAUGGUAGAAUGCUGGUCAGUGCGAGUAAGGAUGCCACGGUCAAGAUAUGGGAUCUCAAAACAUAUAAACUUAAAGUUGACCUUUCAGGUCACACAGAUGAAGUUUACUGUGUUGACUUUGUUGCAGACAAGGUCGUCAGUGGAGGAAGAGAUAAACAUCUUAAAAUAUGGAAAAAUUGACAUUCCUCCCCAAAGUCGUUCUAGAUUGGGAUACAUUAUAGGAGGUAUUUCGACUCUCCCGGUUGCUUCCCGGCCUCUAAUUACCGUUCAGCGCUCGACGAUAGGCUGGCAGUUCGCCGUGUAUGUAUGUAGUUUAAUCAGCUUUGAUUGUCUCGUACACCUCUUAUACGAGCUUACAAUGUACCAGCAAUGUACUGCGUUAUACUAUAGCGAGUGAUAGCGCCCGCCAAGUUUAUCGAGGUCUUAAGGGCCCGAUCAAAUUGAUCCGUGACGAAUUCGCGAACUCCUUUUUGAGUUUA